AUGGCCACCUACAGGGUGUGUUCUGCUCGAAAGCUAUAUGUGGGUACACUGUUCUCUAAGCAUCUGAUUGAACUAUUGGUCUCAUUGUCACAUCUAGGCACCCUUGAGAAGUUUGUUUGCUACAAUGUAUCUGUGUAUCCAGUCUACAAUUCUGGAUAUAUUGGCAAGCCUGCAAGUCAAGAAGCCUUUCUGGAGCAAGACGUUCCAUCAGAUGGCCCGACCAUUACACUGAUUGCUAAAGGAUCUAAUGAUGCAGAGCUGGCGUGGACAGAGAUUCCCCUACACAGCCGACGAGGCUUCAUCACAAACUACACGAUCUUCUAUACAAGCGGGACUGAAACACGUGCCAUAACAGUGCCAGCUAACGUCACCUCAUACACUCUGAGGUCAUUGGCCCAGAACACCAAGUAUGACACUUGGAUCCAAGUUUCAACCAUCAAAGGAUCAACCAAAGGCAUUAAUCACACAUUCACUACUCUGAAAUAUGCACCUGGAGAGAUCGAGGGCAUUGUGGUAGGAGUGAGCCUUGGCUUUCUCUUUAUUGUCCUCAUGACCAUGCUGCUGUGUAUCUACAAAAAAGAUGUGAUCAAGAAGAAUUUCUGGCCCCAGAUUCCAAACCCUGGAGAGAGCACCAUUGGAAACUGGUCUCCUGAUUGUCCUCUUAAAGCAGAGACACCAAAGGAAAACUGUCUAUCUGGCAUCAGUGUGCUUGAUGUGGAUGUGUGUGAUGGAAAGUGUGUGUUUGAGGAGGACAAGGCCAGUCUUCCUCUAAAGAAGGACAAGUAUCUGUCUGAGGAGCACAGCAGCGGCAUUGGUGGCUCUUCCUGCAUGUCUUCACCUCGCCAGAGUGUGUCUGACAGCGAUGAGGGCGGGGACAUGGCUGACACCACAGCUAGCACUGUUCAGUAUUCGUCGGUGGUGGCCUCCAAUGGUUACAAGGGUCAGACCCCAAGCUCCCAACCUCAGCAAGCCAUUUUUUCACGGUCCGAGUCCACACAGCCUCUUCUGGAUUCUGAGGAGAACCCAGACAUGCUGCUGCAAGAGGGCAGCAGACAGUCCCAGCGUUUCCCUCGACAAGCCUGUUUUACACACACUGCACGGAACAAAAUCAGCACUGACCCUGCAGACUCCAACCAGCUGGAGAUGGAGCAGCAGGAGGUGCUGGAGCCUUUGGACUUCUGUCCUUUGGAAGAGGACUCUGAGCAGACAACACCUGCUGACAGUCAUUCAGCUGACUGGCUGUCAGAAGCACCAGUCUCCAGCUACAUGCCUCAGCUGGGUGGCUACAGGCCACAGUAAGAACACAGACAGGCCGAGAGGUGUUAUCUGUGUGAAUGGUUCUGUGCCUUUGUUAUGUCAUAUGUUUAUUUCAAGCUGUGGCGAAAGCUGUACCGGGGUGUCUUUUGCACUUAACCAAGUAUAAGUAAUCCAGGAUCCUUUGAGGGUAUUCAGUAAAGUGCAAGGUGAAUUUGAGCUUGUAGCAGUAGCUUGCCAGCUUUGCACUCACAAAUUCUGCAGCCAUAUCUUUAUAGUAAAUACGCAACACAUGUAUGUGAACACUUUAAGCUACACAGUCACAUGUUGUAUAAAAUGUCUCCUUAACAUGACACAAAUAUGAACUAAAGUUUCAGGAGCACGAGGCUCAACAUGAAGCUUGUGUUUGAUUCGUGCUACGGUUUCUGUUUGGGCACUUGCUGUAGUACUCUCUUGUGAAAGAGGUUUACCUUUGCAGAUGUUGCAAUUAAUUACCUUGGCAUUGUCUUUUAAUGUACAUAGAGUAUGUUUUUAGCUGAAGUAUUUACACUGCACAUGAAUGUAAUCAAGUAUCACAAGUUCAGACUCUUCAAGUGUUCAAGUGUACGUGAUGCCAGUGCAUGUUCAAUAAAGUUUACUUUAUCUUCCUUUUUAAAGUGUGAACGACAGGAAAUGUAAAAAACUCAUCCAUAUGCGAGUCAUGUAAAGUUUGAACUAAUGUGGCAUCAUUUAGUUUAAGGGUCAGUCUGAUGCUUUAUUUGUGAAUGUGAUGUCUUAAAAGUUCAUUUCAUUGUCCGCUGUGUUCAUACAGUGGCCACUGUUCACCACAGUCUAACGUGUUCUUCUGACAGUGUUUAAACACUAUGAAUGUUCUGUGCUCCUGUAACCCUCUGAUCCAGUCCCUGAGGAGGACGUGGACGGGGGUGCCGUCAGAGAUGUUGGACUAAUAUUGAGUAUAGAUCACCCAUGUAGCCUAUAUGCGGAACAAACCACACCUGCAGAACCCAUUUUAUCAUCCAAACAUCAAUAAAUGUAUUUGCAGGCUGGAAUCUC